AACGCGCUACGCGUCACGACGCCACCCACGAAGUGGGACAUUCCUUAUUCCGUGCCACUCCCAACUUGCUCGGUCAUCAGGAUGAGCAACGGCGAGGAUACCAUCCCACUCGAGUACCAGUAUGCAUGGUCUCCCGAAUCAAGCAUUCCUCUGGAGGAAUUUCUCACCAAAUAUAAGCCAUCGAUGGUGCAAAAUGACGGCACCAAACCUUGGCUGUGGGUGAGAAGAUCCAAGCCCGCCAAGGAGGAUUAUUCUGCGGACCAAGCUGCUGCUGUGGAAGAAGCUACAGCGCUACUACAAGAAGUUACUGAGAAAGUGGAUAACAUCAAGAACGAUGACUCGAUACCAGUCCGGGCCAACAAGAAGAAAGGCACAAAGAGCAAGAAGGAGCUCCGUGAGGCUGUUCAAAGCGAAGCCGCUGAGAAACUCAAGGACAUAGCAGUCCGGCACGGUUACGUGCAUGGGAAAUGGCUGAUUUUUGCCCCUUCGGACAAGGUCGACUUGGUCUGGUCAACCAUUGCCAAAUCACUUGUUUCAGGUUUUUUGGCUUCUACCAGGGCAGAUGUGGCGAAAGUGGCGACGUCUCCACAAGACGAAACGCCCAACUACUCCCACGUCCUCUGCUUAUACGUUCCGAACGUCUACGACAAGCAGGAAGUGACCGAGAUCAUGAAAAUUCUGCUGCGACAACAUGGCAUGAACCUGAUGGGCGUCAAAGCCGAUUUGUACACUUCGAUUGGCCUCGAUAGCAAACAUCCGAGCGGUAUCCCAUCCACGGUCUGGAAGAACACGGCUCUUCUGCCGGAUACUGAGAUUAAGGUAUUUCUUUUGAACAAUUCGCACCCUGCAAAUCGCUCAUCUACUUUGAAGAAACUGAAGGACGAAUUCUUCGCUGAGCUCAAAACAGGAAAGAGCGCAGACAAAGAGAAAACAGCAGUGGAGAAGGCACCCACCAAGCAGAAACCGAAACUUAAGAAGAAGGCGGGGGAAGAUAACCCAUUUGCGUCUGACGAGGAGGACCCGCUGAAAGAACAGCCCGCGCCGGCCCAGCCGUCUUCUAGCAAAUCCGAACCUAGGCGUAAGAGCGUACCUCAGGAAAAUGAGUUCGUCUCCGAUGAGGACAGAAAUGAGAAGGAAGACAGAGGAAAGAAACGCAAGGCGAAAGUGACACGAAGUCAGACUGACUCUUUGAAGAAAGCAAGCGAUGAUUACGACGACAACGAGGAAGAAGAGAGGCCACAGAAGAAGAGAUUGUACACAAAGUGAAGGUCUGUUGAUGUCUCCGCUCCAUCGAUCACAUACCCAUCCGCAUGACUGUCUGCUGCGUCUAUAUCAUUCCGCCGUAUGCAGUGUGCUUGUGGUUGCUUGGGUUACUCCGCAGGUGAUAACCAUGCC